GCACCUAUGAAGACUUGGGCAGGGGUGUGUGUCUCUCCUGUCCAGCACCAUGCACAGAUUGCAGGAGCAACACACUCUGCCUUGCCUGCCAGCCCGGUUACUUCCUCAAUGGAGGUGAUUGUGUUAAACAGUGCCCACAGCAAACCUUCAGUGACUCCAGUGGGUGGCGAUGUCAGACCUGCCACAGCUCAUGCCAGACAUGCCACGGACCUCAUUCAACAGACUGUGAUGUUUGUCUUGGUGGAAACCCUCCUCUACAUGGCCAGUGCCCUCUGCUCAACUGCCCACUGGGACAGUACUUUGAUGGUCAGAGCAGAGGCCUGUACAGUGUUGCGGUGUUGGUCGAAUUGCACAGAAGGUUUCUUUGAGACAGCAGAGGGGUCAUGUGAAGCCUGUGAUAGCUCCUGUCUGACAUGUGAUGGCAACAAGUCUCAGUGUCUAUCCUGUGCUAAUGGCCACUACCUAGAGAGUGGUAUGUGUAGACUCAACUGUUCACUGCGGACAUACCCUGCAGAUGAUGGUACCUGCAGACGCUGCCCUCCCCCCUGUGACGUUUGCUCAGAUGACAGGACCUGUUUCAAAUGCAGUUUCCUCUACCUGAUGCUGAAUGGUGUGUGUAAAGCUAGUUGUCCCAUGGGCUAUUAUGAGGACAUGGAAGAGGGCCACUGUGGUCAGUGCCACCCUACCUGUGGCAGCUGUUCAGGGCCCCUUGAAGAUGACUGCGAGACCUGCUCGAUGUUUAGCCCCAAACUCUACAAGGGUGCAUGCUCCAAAGACUGCCCCACUGGUACUUACUAUGAAACUGAAGCUAUGGAAUGUCAAGAGUGCCACCAGACUUGUAUGCGCUGUUCUGGCCCAGAAGCAAACCAGUGCACCCAGUGUGAGAAAGGACUCGUACUGGAUCCAAAUACAUUGUUGUGUGGCGUGACAGGCGACACAGACUGCCCACCCAGGACCUACCUCCACGACGACCAGUUCACCUGCAUGGGUUGCCACCGGCACUGUUACUCUUGUGAGGGGCCGGGCAACGGUCAAUGCCAGACCUGUGCCGUCCCCAAAUACCUUCAUAAUGGCACCUGUUUGACUGAGUGCCCAGCUGGUACAUACAACACAAGGCAGGAGGCUGACGGAACAGAGCUGGGAUUCUGUUUGCCCUGUGACCAUGCCUGUUCCGCUUGUACCGGAGCAUCGCCAAGAGAUUGCCUCACUUGUUCUCCAGGAUACCUGCGCCUCCUUCAACUCUGUGUCACGCAUUGUCCCAGAGGGUAUUACAGAGAGGGCCCCUACUGUGAGAAAUGUGACCAGUCCUGUGAGCUGUGUACAGGAGCAGGGCCUGAGUCCUGCAGGAACUGUCCAUCUCCUCUCCUGGAGCUGCAAGGCACUAAGCUGUGUGUUGAGCGAUGCCCACACCGCUUCUACCAGUUCAGUGACGUCUGCAAACAGUGCCACACCAGUUGUCAGACCUGCACAGAUGCCUCGCCUCAGGCCUGUAUGACGUGCGACUGGGGCAGCACUCUAAAGGACAAAGUCUGCUAUCCGCGUUGUGAGGAGGGCCGAUACUUCUCAGAAGAGGACACCUGUGAGCCAUGUGACACCUCGUGUAGACAUUGCACUGGACCCAGACCCGACCAGUGUCUAACUUGUCACCGGGAUUCUGCUCUUCAUGCUGUGGAGAACCGCUGCGCCCGCUGCUGUCAAGCUGAAGGGAAUGACACUGAUUGCUGUGUUUGUGACAGCCGCUCAGCAUUGUGUGUGGAGGCCCCCCAACCCAAGUCAGGAGACGGUCAGGUAACAGACCUGAAUAUGUCGUCUACAGUUCUGAAGCACACCUCAGCUGCUUUGCCUAUUGCCCUGCUGCUAGCACUGGGGUUGGCUCUGGCUGUGAUUGCCUUGGUCAAGGCCCGUGCCAGGAAGAGGCUUUGCUGGAGCCAGAGCUAUGAGAAACUCAGUGGCAGCGCCAGCAUGAACAUGCCCCACGGUGUGCCCGAGCCGGACAGUGGAGACGAGGUGGAUGUGGUGUACACCAGUAAAGGAGGAUCAGUAUAUCGGCGCUACAGCUUUGUCCAUGAGCAGGUCGCAGAUGUAGACCAGGAUGUGGAUGAGAGCACUUGUCUCAAUCACUCUUAGAUACAUCUAAAUCUCUGUAACUGAGCAUUGCAUUGUGGACACUCACAGGUAAAUAGUUUAGUUUAUGUUUAGAAGAGAAUGUAGUUGUAUUUUGCUUUGGUAUGUUACUUUUUGAGUUCUGGUGUUUGAUUUUACAAAGUGCCUGUACUUGUAUAAUGCACAUUCUUAGAUGAGGCAUUUGUGAGUAAACAGUGGGGAGAAAAUACAUAUAUGUAUAUGACUUUUUCUUUUUUUACUUGAUAUUAAACAGUUGAAUUAUCAUGUAUAAAAAUUGAAAUCUGCAUGAUUUGUUGUAAAUACAAAUUAAAUAAAAUCUUCUCCACUUGA